AUGAUCAACGGCUCUGCCGCGCUGGUCGCCCCGGACGGUGAUUGGACCAACAUCACUCAUCAGCUCGUCGAAGUGGAGGUGAACGGUCGCUACGAGUUUAUGCUGACCUUCCAGUUCUCUUACUACAACCUCGUGCUGGAGGGAGUCUACAUGGUGCCACGAAGCGUGGUACUGGCAGAUUUGGAUGAGAUGGCAACCAGGGAUGCCGUCACAAGCAUCAUUCUGAACAUCUUCUUUUCUGGCAUCCUCAUGGGCGGUGUCAUCUUCGUGGGCUACCAAACCUUUAAGCGAUUGCGGGAGAUCGCACAGGAGCAAAGGCGACUUUUGCACGUCAAGGUGCAGGACAGCCUCGCAUGUGCCAGCGAGCUCCAGUAUCCGAUCGUCUUGGUCAGCGCGAAGGAUUUCUUGUCGCUGACCGACUCGGAGAUCCGCAGCUGUCACGAGGGCGUUCGACUGAAAGGAAUGCUGAAGUUCCUGGACACUGAGGAGCUUUUGGCUAAGUUCAAAAAGUCGGGUGGCCAGAUCGUCUUCUUCUCCUACGAGUGGCAGUCGUGGACCAAGUUGGGCCCCAACGAUGUCCAGCUCGAAUGGAUGCGCUUGAGCCUUUCGAUGUAUUCACAGGAGCACAACGUGCCCCUUGAGAACUUGAACGUUUGGUUGGACAUCCUUGCUAUCCCGCAGUGUCACGUUGGCAUGAAGACCUUGGCCGUGAACUCCCUUUACGUCUAUGCCGCCUCCACCAGUGCCUUCAUCAUCGUCGCCCCAGAAUGCAUGCACGAGAACACGGGAAAUCAUUCGGGCAUCGAUUCCUACAAGGACCGAGUGUGGACACGGGUGGAGCAAGUGGCCAUGGUUUCAGCGAAUGGAACCAAGAAGAUGUUCCUCUCCAAGGGCAAGGACGGCUUGGCGCCCGUGGAUAUGGACUUUCUGUCCAGGAGUCUGGAGGUGUUCCAGGCAAACAUGUCCUGCUGCAGGAGGAACCAUGAGCAUCAGGACUACUGUGACAAG